AUGAAUCGCCUAGAAGUGUUCAUUAAAACAUCACUCGGAACGGAAAACAACAUAAAUUGCUUCCUUUUGCACGCGAUGAGAUUUUAUGAUAAGCAACAAGCUGUGGCACAUCAGCUUCGUUUUGACUUUAACAAUCAGAGCAGCGGCAGCGUCAUGAUCAAGUUUCAAAGUUUCUUCUUUGAUAAUGUAUUAAGCAAUUUACGAGUUGUCUCUUAUUCUGCUUAUUCUAUUUUUAAUGAAAAUUCAUUCCUGAUCUUGAUAAUCUGUUUCAAAUUUUAUCUCGUUGAUUCUGCUUCGGAAACAUGUCGAGGAAAUCUUUUUAAUACUUAA